AUGACCGAAUUAUCUAAGUCUAAUACUUUCAAGUCGAGCUUAGCUGAAAAAGCUUAUACAAUAGAGGAGGAACCUAGGGAAUCAGUUUUUAUGCCACUUAACAAAGUAAAAUGUGUGAAGAAAAGAUCUGGUAAUAAGAAGGAACUAGAAAACUUUGUAAAAUUGUUUAAAAGCGAUAUGAGUAAAAUGUUUGAUAUUUUCGAUCCCAAUUUUUCAGGCAGUUUAAUUAAUGCUAGUCUGGAGAAAUAA